GGACUGACGUUCAUUGACACCGACAAGGAAAAAUUUGGAUAUCUAACCAAAUCCGUGAUCAACUGAGUUGUGAGUUUAUUAUUGAAUUGAUCGGUUUCAGUGCAAACUUCGAUUAACUGAUUGUUGUCAAAACUCUGUGCAGUGUAUUUUGGAAAGUGUAAACUCAGAAUUUUAUUUUCUUAUCGAAUUGUAGUAAAUAGCUUCCAAGUUAUGUCUGUUGCUUUCGUUCAAAGGGGCAGGCAGCCUCUUACAACAGUCCAAAUACAAAAGAUGCUGGAUGAAAACAGUCAACUUAUACAAACUAUUCAAGAAUAUCAGAGCAAGGGGAAAGUACAAGAAUGCAUGCAGUACCAACAAGUUUUACACAGAAAUCUGGUGUACCUGGCUUCUAUUGCUGAUGCAAAUCAAAACAUCCAGGCACUUCUUCCUCCUCCACAAGGUAUGCCCGGCUCCCAUCCCCAGCACAACAUGAUGCCCGGGCCAGGGGGUCCUGGAGCUCCCACACCUGAAGCCCCACCGUCACAGCCCCCAUCUGGACCUGGCAACUUCCCUCCACAGCCCAGCUACCGACCUCAGGCCAUGCCUCCUCAGAGACCAACGACUGCCAGUGGACCACAGCCGUAUCGUUACCCUCCACAGCAGAACCCACAACAAGGCUACACCAACCCCCAGUAUCCGGCACCCAACCAGGUCCCUCCACAGGGUUAUCCAAGUUCAGGACAGCCAUCAAACUAUGGAGGGCCUCCCCCCCAGCCACCCCCUCAAGGUUACGGACCUUCCAAUACCAAUCCCCCGAACAACUACCCCCAGCAGGGUCCUCAAGGAUACAGCAAUCCUCCUCCCUCUGGCUACCCUCCCUCCAACGCUCAGCCUGGCACGUAUGGACCGGCGGGCUACCAGUCUGGCUACGGUCCAAGUGGCCAGCCUCCGGUGCAGAGUGCUCCAGCUAACUACAGCAACACCAGCAGUAACAGCUACCCUAACAACUACCCCCAGGCUCCAAGUCAGCAAGGUUAUCCUCCCCCGACCACUCAGUCCUCCGCACCUCCUCCCCAGACAGGGUUUCCCAACCAGCCGAGCAACUACGGUCCCUCAAACGCUGCCUCACCCAACCCUCAGAGCUCUUAUCCUCAGACGACGAUUGCUCCCUCGGCCGCCACACAGACUUACCCCCCUAGCAGUUACCCUACUUCAACCACUAGUAGCACCCCUCCCCAACCCCCUCAACCCACCCAGGGUUACCCUUCCACUCAGACGUACCCAGCUGGUCAGCAGCCGUACCCACAAGGCUAUCCUCAGCAGGGAUAUGGAGGACAAGGUUACCCUCCAGGUCAGGGGGCUCCAGGAGGCUAUCCCUCACAGUACCCCCGACCUACGGGUCCUCCGGGCCCUGGGGCCCCUCCCACCCAGCAGGGCCAGUACCCCGCCUACAACUACCAGCCUAAUCCUCAGUAAAACUGACUCUUCAGCUGUUAACUUAUUGAAGCAUGUGUGCUUGAUCCAUCUUACAAUUCAACGAAUUUUAUCCCUGACUGCUUCUAGAGCUGUGAAUGUCUUUGUGGCUGUUGAUCGUAUGUGUAUAACUGUUAGAUCA